AUUUGAAAGUUGGCUACAACGAAGGGUGAAGUAUGGAUAAACCCAGUGAAGAGAUUCAGACGUUGAACUAUUUGAUCCAGAGUUUGGGCAAUCAAGUUAAUGAAUCGUCAAAUCAGAUUACAUCGUUACAACAAUCUGCUAGAGGUCUUGUAUCAUCUGGAGAUUAUGAGAGUCUUAUACAAAAGGGGCCCGAGGUAGAGAGCGACUCUAGUGAAAAUGAGGUGAACAGGUCGGAAGAAGAAGGGGAGAGUAUCCAAGCUCUAGAAAAGGAAAGAAUACAAUUGGUGAUGGAUAUACAGAAACAAGACUUCAUUACCGAAAAGCUACUCGAAUUGAAUGAACAGAAUUCAGGAAUUGUAGAAAGCUUCCAGGAGUUUGUACAGCAUAGAAAUCAGAUGCGUAAAGAUGACGAGUCUAACGAAAAUGAUCGUUUGAAAUAUUUCAAUGAAUCUAUUAUGGAUCCAAAGAUUUCCUUAUUAGAUGUAAAUAUCAAAGAAAUGAAUCAUGCAGUCCAGAAGCUUGAGCUCUACUAUAAGAGCUUAUCGGAAGAGAUAAUCCAAGAGAACAAAACAAUUCUUUCUGAUGAUUAUCAGAAAAAUUUAAAGAUCUUGAUCAGUAGUUUGAAUGCUGUAUUUAAUCGAUAUGUUACAUCAGAUCCUACGCUACAAAACGAGAAAAUAUAA